CCUUAGUCUUAACAUCUUCGAAAUUUCCUCAACCAUGUAAUGAAGACCAAUUCUUUGUUUUCCUUUCUUUGACUUUUCGUCUCUCUCACUCUGCAACCUUGCAAUUCAAAGGAAGGAUUCUGAGUGAGUAUAUUCUCACACUUCAGUUCAUACCCAGGGUUUAAGAACUUGGAUCUGAUCUGAGGUAUUAAGAUGGGAGGGAAUUCAAGCAAGAUGAUGAGUGAUGCUAAUGAUUGCACAAAAAUGGGUACUCAUUCUGUGUAUGCAGCUGAUUUAAGCUCAUAUGAAGCUGCAUGUGUUAAAGAUCCAAACUUGCAAAGUUUUGAUGAGAGUAUUAAAGAGCAUACCAAUAGGGUUAUUAGUUCUCUUGCUACUGGUGUUGAGGUUAGGUCUUUAUCUUUCAAUUCACUACGAGAAGUUACUGAUAGUUUACUUGAGAUGAACCAUGAAGUUGUUAAAGUUAUUUUGGAUUGUAAGAGGGAUAUAUGGGGAAACAAGGAUUUGUUCGCGUUGGUUAAUGAUUAUUUUGAUAAUAGUCUUCAGACGUUGGAGUUUUGUAAUUCUCUUGAGAAAUGUUUGAGACGGGCGCGUGAGAAUCAAGUGAUGGUGAAGUCGGUGAUUACUUAUUUUGAGGAAGAGGUGCAAAAUGGGCUUGAAGGGGGGACUUGUGUAAAGACAUUGCAAGAGCUUAGGAAUUUUAAGGAUGCUGGUGACCCUUUUACGGAGGAGUUUUAUUUAUUGUUUCAAUCGGUUUAUACGCAGCAGGCAACCAUGUUGAAGAAAUUGCAAAUCAGAAAGAGAAAGCUUGAUAAGAAAUUGAAAUCUCUCAAGUCAUGGAAGAGGGUUUCGAAUGCAAUUUUUUUGGCUGCUUUUGUUUCGGUGUUGAUUUUCUCUGUGGUUGCAGCUUCUAUUGCUGCUCCUCCAGUUGUAACAGCAUUGGCUGCGGCGUUGGUUGUUCCAUUAGGGUCGGUUGGAAAAUGGUGCAACUCGCUUUUUAAGGGAUAUGAGAAGGCUAUAAAGGGACAAAGGGAAGUAGUUAGCUCAAUGCAGCUUGGUACUUACAUUUCAUUGAAGGAUUUGGACAACAUUCGGGUGCUUACAAACAAAUUGGAACUACAGCUUGAAUCGUUAUUGCAGAAUGCUGAUUUUGCUCUUAAAAACGAGGAUGUGAUAAAGCUUGCAAUCGAUGAAAUUAAGAAGAAUAUAGAAACUUUUUCAGAGACAUUGGAAACUCUAAGUGCAAAUGCUGAUAAAUGCAGUCGACAGAUAAGAAAAGCGAGGACAGUUGUUAUACAAAAUAUAAUCAAAAGACCUGAUUAAGAUAAGGUUUUUGAAUUGUUUUAUUGAUUAGUUUCUCUUGAUGUCAAGGCUACAAUUAUGAAGUAUGAUUCAACACCUAGAUUAUAGCUUCAAUAAGAUGCCUUUUAUAAAGAGAAAUGAAGAAAUAACUUGUGUAGAACAUUUAUAUAUUUAUAUAUAUAAUAUAGCCCUCAUGUAUAGAUAUUUGGACUAUACAUACAUAGUUACAAA